AAUAUUUAUAAAAUAAACAAAUAAAAAAAAGGAGUCUCAGUCUGCGCCGCAGAAUCUCUGCAUUUACUUCACCAUCAUCGUCACAAAGGCCUACCAGAAGAAGGAUCAGAAUCCUUAAGAUUAGAUACGCGCAUGGUGUCAUUGAACGCGAACCCACCCGAAGGCUUCUACCUGGAUGCGACCGGCAUGGCUCUGCCGAAUCUCGGCUCGUUUUCGUCCCCCGCGGCGGGGAAUGCGGCGGCGCCGUUGGACGACCCGAGUAAGAAGGUGCGGAAACCCUACACCAUUACCAAAUCGCGCGAGAGCUGGACUGAGCCCGAGCACGACAAGUUUCUCGAGGCACUGCAUCUUUUUGACCGUGAUUGGAAAAAAAUUGAAGCAUUUGUUGGAUCAAAGACAGUCAUUCAGAUACGUAGCCAUGCCCAGAAGUAUUUUCUGAAGGUUCAAAAAACUGGAACUAAUGAACACCUUCCUCCACCUCGGCCUAAGAGGAAAGCUGCUCACCCAUAUCCACAUAAAGCUUCCAAAACUGCCCCGGCAGGUUCACAGGAGCUAUCGUCCUUUCAAGCUUCUCCUGCAAUUCCUGAUCCUGGAGGUGUACAGAGGCCAGAUACAUCCACAUUACUUGUACAUCCUGAGACUGCUGUAUCUGUACCUGGAUGGCAUGACAAUUCCAUGCAUAGCCCCGGCUUUUCACAUGUGACUACAGGCAAUUUCCCUCCUGCUGGGCAGUCAAUGUCUAAUGUUUACUCUUGUGGUAGCGAUGGAAACACUCCGAGGACAAGGUCUAAGGUUCUUCCUGAUUUUGCUCAAGUGUACGGCUUCAUAGGCAGUGUCUUUGAUCCAAAUGCAACUGGACACUUGCAGCAACUGAAGAAGAUGGAUCCAAUUGAUAUUGAGACGGUUUUGUUGUUGAUGAGAAAUCUUGCCAUCAAUUUAGCGAGUCCCGAAUUUGAGGAUCAUAGACGGUUACUUUCAUCCUAUGAUACUGACUCUGAGAAGGACAUUGCAUUUGAUGUUACCGAUUCCUUUAUUAGUAGUCAAUCCGAGGAUGCUGCAUUACAUGGAUUCUAAUGGAGUUUUGGUGGUGUCCUGGAGCUGUGGAAAGCCGUCAAAUUCUAAAAUUUUGAGGUUGGAUAACUUUGAGAAGCAGGUUGGGUCGUACCUGUCAAGAACAUGGCUCCUGGUUCCAGGCCAACCGAGUGGCUAAUGAUACCAGAGAAAUUGCUUCUGUGCUGAUCCUGCCAGAAGCCCAGUGCAUCUUUCUCCCCAAAGCUUCCUACAACAGCAGGUUGCAGGGAAGUACAUGAAGUUGUGCUAAUCUUUAUAUAUAUAUAUAUAUAUA